CAUCACCAUGUCCGAAGGUAGUCGAAACGUCGAGUUCGAGAUACAGAUGACCGUACCGGUCACCACGAGACACUUGUACAAACUUCCUCCUGGACUAUCUAAUAAUAGACCGUCAGGAUGGAUAGUUCAACAAGAAGUUGCUCGUAUGAUGGACUCAUUGUUAGAUCCAUUUUCAUCAUUUGCAUCAUUUUCUAAACCCGUUCGGCGAACAAACCAAUCGUCAAAACGAUCACACCUUUAUAGAUCCUCGUCACAACAAACGCAGACACAAAAUGUAGCAUCCAACGCUAAUCGUGCAAAUAAUGAUAAUCGUUUUAACGGUAAUAAUAAUCAGCAACAAUACAAACCAAACGGUCCAUCAGAGAAAUGGGCCGCUUCUUUAAGAAAAAGAGAUCCAGAGUUAUUGCCCGCUAUACACACAAGAAGGGACAGGUGUUGUUCACAUCCUGGUGGAUAUAGAACAAAGCCUGUCAUACCGCCCCUUCAUCAUUCCACGCCGUCGACGGCUCCUCGACCCACAGACCAUAAGAAACAACCGCAGAAAACCAAGACCAUAAUUGGUUAUGAGCCUCAUCUAGUAGACAUUAUCGAAAAAGACAUUUUACAAAGGAAUCCCAAUGUCCAAUGGGAUCGGAUCGCUGGGUUGAAGCACGCGAAAACUUUACUACAAGAAGCUAUGGUGCUACCGAUGCUGAUGCCCGAUUUUUUUAAGGGUAUCCGGAGACCGUGGAAGGGUGUUUUAAUGGUCGGUCCGCCCGGUACCGGAAAGACAAUGUUGGCCAAGGCUGUGGCUACCGAAUGCGGGACGACGUUUUUCAACGUUUCCUCGUCUACGAUGACGUCUAAAUACCGAGGAGAAUCGGAGAAAUUGGUCAGACUAUUGUUUGAAAUGGCAAAAAUCCAUUCGCCGUCAACAAUAUUCAUAGACGAAGUAGACUCGCUGUGUUCCUUACGGGGUUCCGAAGGCGAACACGAAGCGUCUAGGAGGUUUAAAGCAGAACUCUUGAUUCACAUGGAUGGCUUAAACUCGUCCAGUGACGAAGAAAAUACCCCAUCUAUCAUGGUUCUGGCAGCCACUAAUCAUCCAUGGGAUAUUGAUGACGCUUUCAGAAGACGCUUCGAAAAGAGAAUAUAUUUGCCGUUACCAAAUGACGAGUCACGGAUAACGUUGUUGAAACUGUGCUUGGAAGGCGUAAACUUGGACGAAUCAUUCGAUUAUAGAUUCGUAGCUAACAAAUUAAGAGGCUACACAGGAUCGGAUAUUGCUAACGUUUGCCGGGACGCAGCUAUGAUGGGCAUGAGACGUAAGAUCGUCGGACAAACUCCGGACCAAAUCAAGAACAUAAAACGUGCUGACAUAGACUUACCAGUAACGGUCCAAGAUUUUAACGAAGCUAUCGAGAGGUGUCGAAAAACUGUUACCAGUCAAGACAUUGAAAAAUAUCAAUCGUGGAUAGAUGAGUUUGGCUCAUUUUAAUCUUUAAAAGUUUCGAUUUUUAUCUUAACACAUUAUAAUUUUGUUAUUCGACAACAAUAAAAAAAAUA